GCAAUCAUAAACCUUGCAAUUGCCACAUAGCUUUUCUCUAUAUACUACCACCAAUGCCUCACGCCGAUACGUCUUUGGUCCCGGAAAGCAUCACAACAAAAUCUGAGUUUUGGGCUCAUGUUCACAUCCAACUCGAAGUUCUCCUUGAAGGGCAGACCAGCUGGGUAUCUAAUUUAGCCAACACUUCGUCCCUUGUGUUCAAUUCACUCCUUGCGUUCCCCGCGCACUUUGGCAAAGAUGAUGAUAGAGCAGUGAAUUGGUGUGGGUUUUACUUGGAUUCGCCACUAUUCCCUCCGUCGGUCAAUCAGGCCUCGAAACCAACAAGCAGCAGACUUCUUCUGGGCCCCUUCUGCGGGAAGCCUGCCUGUCAAUUCAUCAAUGUCUCUCCAGGCAAGACACGCGGCGUCUGCGCAGACGCCUUCCUCAAACAAAAAACCGUACUCGUCCCAAACGUUGACGAGUACCCAGGCCAUAUUGCUUGUGACGGUGAAACCAAAAGCGAGAUCGUAUGUCCUUUGAUCAUCAGAAAAGAAGACGGAGAGGAGAAAGUUAUUGGCGUAUUUGAUCUUGACUGUCUAGCUUUGAAUGGCUUUGACGAGGACGAUAGAGUGGGUUUGGAAAAGAUCGUUACCCUCGUUAUUAAUAACUGCCAAUGGUGA